AUGUCCAACACCGAUUUCCUCGGCCGAGCCAUCGAAACCGUACGCCGCGCCAUCGACGCCGAUAAUGGGAACCAGUACGAGAAGGCCUACCAACUAUACUACCAGGCCCUCGAGCUGUUCAUGCUCGCUCUGAAAUGGGAGAAGAACCCCAAGUCCAAGGAGAUGAUCCGCCAGAAGACGGGCGAGUACAUGGACCGCGCCGAGAAGCUCAAGGCUCAUCUCGCCGACGCGGACGCGAAGCGUAAGAAGCCUGGUCUGAUCGGCGCUAACGGCUCCUCGACGGGCGGGACGGGCAAAGGGAAGCAGAACGGCGAGGACGGGGCCGUCGACGAGGACAGCAAGAAAUUGAGGAACGCGCUCGCCGGUGCCAUCCUCCAGGACCGGCCGAACGUCAAGUGGGAUGACGUCGCUGGCCUGGACGGCGCGAAGGAGGCGUUGAAGGAGGCCGUGCUGCUGCCCAUCAAGUUCCCACAUCUGUUCCAGGGGAAACGCAAGCCGUGGAAGGGCAUCCUACUCUACGGCCCGCCCGGCACCGGUAAGAGUUACCUGGCGAAGGCUGUGGCUACCGAGGCGAAGAGCACCUUCUUCAGCGUGAGCAGUAGUGACUUGGUGAGCAAGUGGAUGGGUGAGAGUGAGAGGUUAGUCAAACAGCUCUUCGCCAUGGCGAGGGAAAACAAGCCGUCGAUUAUUUUCAUCGACGAGGUCGACGCCCUCUGCGGUCCCCGAGGCGAAGGUGAAUCCGAAGCGUCGCGAAGGAUCAAGACCGAGAUGCUAGUGCAGAUGGACGGCGUGGGGAAGGACUCCACUGGUGUCCUCGUGCUGGGGGCCACCAACAUUCCGUGGCAACUAGAUGCCGCUAUCCGGAGGCGAUUCCAGCGCAGGGUACACAUCAGCCUACCGGAUAUCGGCGCGAGGACUACCAUGUUCAAGCUCGCCAUCGGCGAAACCCCUACCACGCUGAAGAACGAAGACUACCGAGAGCUGGCGAAGCUUGCAGAGGGCUACUCCGGAAGCGAUAUCGCCAUCGCCGUGCAAGACGCCCUGAUGCAACCCGUGCGCAAGAUUCAACAAGCUACGCAUUUCAAAGAAGUACAAUUGGACGGGAAAAUCCGGCACACGCCCUGCUCACCCGGCGACGCUGGGGCGAAGGAGAUGACCUGGGACGAUGUUGAGACGGAGACGCUUCUUGAGCCUCUCGUCGACUUUAAGGACUUUGUCAAGGCCAUCAAGUCCUCGCGGCCGACGGUCUCGGAGGAAGACCUCAAGCGCAACGCGGAGUGGACCAAGGAGUUCGGAAGCGAAGGAAACUAGGGUGGGGGCGGACAAUUAACACAUGCGGGCAUUGCUAGGCGUUUCUGGCGUCCAUAUCAGAUCGGCACCGGGGAAGCUUCCCUCGUCGAUUAUUUUCUCUUGGGCACGCUAGCUGUCGGGGCAUUUGCGAGCGAUUGCUGCUUCGUAGUUGGAACAGCAUGGCUAUGGAGUACUUGUUCAUUCCCCUGCCGUCUGCUAGAGCAGCAUCAGGUCGUGAUCUAACCCGUGGUUUCGCGCCCCGUGCAACUGACGGCACGCGUACGCCUGGCGCUACGACGAGCAUAUUUGGUGCGGUGAUGAGUACGCCCCCCCGGCCUCCUUGCCAAGCCCCGUCAGGGCGGCGCCUAAGCUCGGGACGGACGUGACACUCGCAUAAGAUAGUACCCGUGAUCUUGCAAUGGUCUCUAUAUCGCCCUACGGUGUUAACUAAGCAUAUGAGCCACAGCUAAACUAUUCGAUCGUGUCAUGAGAUGGGUGUCCGGAGUCCUUUCUACGCGUGCCCCGGCAAACAGUAGAUGGGAACGAGGCUCGAGAAGAGGAGUCGCGUGUUUAGCGUUUCCAGCGUCGU